AAGAGGAGGAAGUGGGUGUAAAAAGAUAUCUAUAUCUAACUAGUACCUAAUUAAACAAACACUGUUGCAAUCGACUAUGGAGGGUGCGAUUCGGUGCUCUGCCAACUAUGUUCCUCUAUCGCCGAUCAGCUUCUUGAAGCGUUCUGCCAUAGUUUACAGUGACAGACCUUCGGUGGUCUACGGAAAUGUGCAAUACACUUGGUCCCAAACCUUUGAAAGAUGCAAAAGACUGGCCUCUGCUAUUUCUCAUUUGGGAAUAUCUUCAGGACAUGUGGUUGCUGUUCUGGCUCCUAAUAUUCCAGCAAUGUAUGAGCUGCAUUUUGGAGUACCAAUGGCAGGAGCCAUUCUCUGUACACUUAACAUACGCCAUGAUUCUGCAAUGGUGUCAGUAUUAUUAAGACAUUCGGAGGCCAAAGUCUUCUUUGUUGAUUACCAAUUCCUCCAUAUUGCUCAGGGAGCCAUUGACAUGUUAUCAAAAAAAGGUUCCAAGCCACCCCUUCUAGUCUUAAUUCCAGAGUGUGAUGAUGAUCAACUAUCCACUGACAUUAGUAGUAGCAGCAAUGCCAUUUCCGCUUCUGUGAAGUUAGAAUACGAGCAACUACUAUCAACGGGGAAUCUUGAUUUUGAGGUCAUAAUACCAAAAGAUGAAUGGGAUCCCAUCUCACUCAACUAUACUUCAGGCACAACAUCUAGCCCCAAGGGUGUCAUUUACAGCCACAGAGGUGCAUAUCUCAAUUCAUUGGCAGGGGUUCUUCUGAAUGAAAUGCACUCAAUGGUUGUCUAUUUGUGGUGUGUUCCCAUGUUCCACUGCAAUGGUUGGUGUCUCCCCUGGGGAAUUGCUGCUCAAGGCGGUACAAACGUCUGCCUAAGGAAUGUCACUGCAAAGGGAAUUUUUGACUCUAUAGCUAAGCACAAAGUAACCCACAUGGGAGGAGCACCUACUGUUUUGAAUAUGAUCAUAAAUGCAUCAGCCACAGAGCGGAAACCACUUCCAUCCAAGGUAUCGAUCAUGACCGGUGCUGCUCCACCGCCCCCGUCACUACUUUUUAAGAUGGAAGAAAUGGGGUUCAAUGUGACUCAUUCUUAUGGUUUGACUGAAACAUAUGGCCCUGGAACUGUUUGUACUUGGAAACCCGAAUGGGAUUCUUUGCCUAGAGAUGCACAGGCAAAACUAAAGUCACGACAGGGUGUUCAACAUCUUGGCAUUGAAGAACUAGAUGUGAAAGAUCCUGUAACACUGAAGAGUGUACCAGCUAAUGCAAAGAUAAUAGGUGAGGUUAUGUUUAGAGGAAACACUGUCAUGAAUGGAUAUUUGAAAAAUGUCAAAGCAACACAAGAGGCUUUUGAUGGUGGUUGGUUUCGAACUGGGGACUUAGGAGUGAAACAUCCAGAUGGCUAUGUCGAGCUAAAGGAUCGGUCCAAAGAUAUCAUCAUUUCUGGGGGUGAAAAUAUAAGCACAAUUGAGGUUGAAUCUGUACUUUAUAGCCAUCCAGCGGUUUUUGAGGCCGCGGUUGUAGCAAGACCUGAUGACCACUGGGGAGAGACACCUUGUGCGUUUGUUAAUGUGAAGAGUGGUUGUAAUGUGAGUGGUGAUGAGAUUAUUAACUUUUGUAGAAGUCGUUUGCCUCAUUACAUGGCUCCACGAACUGUUGUUUUUCAAGAUUUGCCAAAAACUUCUACUGGAAAGGUGCAAAAGUUUGUUCUUAGAGACAAGGCUAAGUCCAUGGGAAGCCUCACAAAGAAGAAUAUCAGUAAAUUGUAAGGCAACUUUUAUUAAAAAUCAACAACCAUUUUUCAUUUAAAUUUAUUGAAAAAACCAUAGUUUGGACAAUUAUGUUGGAAUGUAUAAUAAUGUGAAAACUAUCUUCUCAAAAUAAAUAAAUAAAUUAUGUGAAAACUAA